CAUAAUAAUUGGUGUGAUGUCACGGUCGCCAAGUAUAAGUCUGGAAGAUAUCAUUACGAACAAUCGUUUAAUGUGUCGUAUUUCUGGGCCAACAGCUAGUGUUGUUAUUGCAAUUAACAAAAUCGAAACAGGUUUAUAGAAUGAGUUCAUAACACAUUUGAACGACGUCGAUUAACGGGAUGAGCCAAUUAUAUACUGAGUAUCUUAGGAAGCGUCUGGCUGGGUUGUUAAUAAUUUUCCACUCCGGACUGCUAGAAACUUCGAACUAAGCUGUUUCACUCUGUCACACCUGUUUCGGCAUUUAUUCUAUCAAGUCCUAUUCAACAAACAGUGUUAAAUUAAGGAACAGGCUUCGAUUCAAGUUAAUCAUAGUCGAAUAAAAACAUUGUUUGAGUCAACUUUCUUAUUUUGAUCAGAAAGGAUGCGAAUACCACGUAGCCAGUUGACGUUCUACGAUCCGGAAACUUGUAUUUGGACCGGCAUCGAAAAAGUUCCCCCCUAUGACGCCACCCAAUCGUUGGGCCAGUUGAUUCUUGAUUCAUUAGCCAAAAAUCCCUUAAAAAUAACCCAAAUCAGUGCCGAUAGCCACAGGGAGGUCACCUGCCAGGAGCUGCGACUUCAAACCAUCCGAAUUGCUCAGAACCUGUCUUUGGAGGGAAUUCAACCCGGGGAUGUAGUAACGAUGGCCGCCAACAAUGGGGAACUGGUGGCUCCGGUCACGUUUGCUUGCCUAGCUUUGGGCGUUCCGUUGAAUACUUUGGAUCCGGGAUUUGAUCGAGACGAUUUGGCGCACAUGUUGGCGACCGUUAGACCGAAAGCCGUCUUCUGUGAUCGAGAAGGAUUGGGGGAAAUGGUAGCGGCCAUCGAAAUGGUUGGGUUGAAUCCGUUGCUGGUUACUUUCGGAGGACGCGUUGAUGGGAUGCUGUCGGUUACGGAUUUUCUGAAGCCCACAGGACGUGAAGAGUGGUUCAGCCCAAUCCGUUUUCGGGAGGCCUCUCAACAAGUGGCCCUCAUCGUCUGCUCCUCGGGAACUUCCGGCCGAUCCAAAGGUGUUUGCCUAUCGCACGCCCAGUGUAUCGGAACUCUGUGUGGGUUUGGCGAUUGCCGUUCGGAUGACGUCCUCCUUUGCUUCAGUUCCCUGUACUGGAUAUCCGGAAUCUUCAUCCUGCUAAAUGGAACCGUGGCCGGGGCGACGAGAAUCAUCACCCGGGAACCGUUCCACUAUCGAGCUGCACUGGACAUAAUAAAUCGGUAUAGGGUGACCUUUUGGUUCCUGCAACCGGCUUUGGCCCUGCAGAUUUUGAAAAAUAUUUCCCCCGGAACCGGAAGUCUGCCGAGUCUUCGACUGUGCGUCAGUGGUGGAGCUGCCGUUUCACCGGAACUGAAGCUUGCCUUCGAAACACUGGCACCGAACGCCAAUUUUAUGCCUAGCUAUGGUCUGUCGGAAGCCGGAGGACCGGUCACGGGUUGUGAAAAACUUCUCUACAAAAAUGGUUCCACUGGUUACGUCAAGCCGAAUGUGUCGGUUAAAAUCGUUAACGACGAAGGCGAAGCACUUCCUAUAGGACAACAAGGUGAAAUCCUCGUCAAACCAGAAUUUCCCUUCCUCGGAUACUACAAAAACCUGGAAGCCACCGCGGAAAUCCUCGACCCCGAAGGAUGGCUGCACACCGGAGAUAUUGGAUGUUUCGAUCGGGAUGGGUUCUUCUACAUCACCGAUCGAAAGAAGGACAUCAUCCGGUACCACGGCGUUCAAAUUUCACCCAGCGAACUGGAAUCCGUUAUUCAGAAGUUAGACGAAGUCGUUGGUGUUUGUGUUGUUGCGAUUCCAGGAACCGGAAUCGAUUUGCCUGCGGCUUUAAUUGUGAAGAAGGCCUUCAGUCAGCUGACAGUUGAGCAAAUCGAAGAAUUUACCGAAAGGAAUCUGCCCCAUUAUAAACAGCUCAAGGGAGGAAUCUACCUGGUCGAUGAAUUACCGAUGACACCUUCCGGAAAAAUAGUGCGAAGAAAAUGUCGCGAAAUCGUGUUGGAACUUUUGCAAGAGAGAUCAACCGGAACGUUGAUUUAACUUAACUUGAUCGGUAGCAGCUAGAGGAUGUUUAUAAAACUCUUAUGAGCGAAUGGAAUUCUCAGUGCUAUGUCAUAAGGUUGAAUUAACAUCAUUAUUAUAAUUUUUAAAAUUAUUCAUUUCGCCCGUUCCGUGUAUCUAAAAUCCAUCAGGGUAUCUGAAACCUAGAUUUAUAAGAUAAAUUUGAAGUGAAAAUAUAUCUGGAAAAAUUAUACA